UUAGUCCUUAUCAGGUUAUAAUAGGAACCGUUAGGUUCGUGCUGCAGCACACUGUUCUAGGGACAUAUAAUGAAGGCCCAUAUCUUUGGUUCCUCCUGCACUAAUUAGAGCUUAUUUCCACUCAAGCAUAUACCAGGUGCAAGCAAAAUGGAAGACAACAAGAUCGAGAAACAAGCUACUGUGCCUCCGGUUGUUGAUGUUAUGGAGGGCAAAGUGCUACAAAUGAAUAAAGAUGAGAUGCAUUUGGCCAAGUUAGGAUACAAACAAGAAUUUUUUCGCCAUCUCAGCUUGUUCGAGAAUUGGGCAGCCACUUUUACUUCUAUGAACUUCAUAUCUGGCAUACCUGUUCUAUUCGGUUGGGUUAUGUAUACGGGAGGACCCGAGUCUGCCUUUGCUAACUGGACCAUGGUCGGAGGCCUGUCGUUCUGUGUGAGUCUUGUGUUAGCGGAGCUUGCAGCUGCCUUUCCUACGGCGGGUGGUAUCUACUUCUGGUCCUAUCGAUUGGGAGGUGAGAAGUGGGGGCCAUUCCUGGCUUGGAUGACAGCCUGGUGGAAUUGGGCUGGAUGGGUUUGUGUAGUCCCGGGAGUACAGCAAGGCUCUACAAACUUCUUGAUAAGUGCCCUCGAGAUCAAAUACCCUAAUGCAGAGGUCUUGUCUAAGGGAUGGUUCGCUUGGCUGCUAACCAGUAUUGGAAUGUUCUUUGCGAUGGCACCGAAUAUCAUUUCUCAACGCGUGCUUCGGAUUUACUUUCGAUUUGCUGUUAUCAUCUUCUUCACCCUAUUCGCCUUGUACUGGAUCUGGUUCCCAAUCAAAGCUAGCGGCCAUUUCCAGACAAGCGACGGAGUUUUUAACAAUUUCUAUAACGGAAUAAAUCUUGGAGAUAAGAAACAAGCUUCUGAUCCGUAUUGCUGGGUGAUUGGAGUUUUGUUCGGAGCGUGGGUAUUUUAUGGGUACGAUGCUUCGGCCCAUCUAGCAGAAGAAACGCAUGAGGCUUCUGAUGUCGUCGCAAAAGGAAUGUGGAUGGCCACUUUAAGCGCUUGGCUUGGUUCCGUUCCAACCCUCGUCAUUGUUUUAUUCUGUAUCCAGGACUUUGAUGGAAUCAUAAACGCAACCUAUUCAAACAACUGGGCUGCUUAUCUUGUUCAGUUAGUUGGGGAAAAUGGUGCUGUAGCGAUACUGUCUCUACUUUGGGUAGAUUCGACAUGUGCAACGGCGAGUUGCUUUCUCUCGGCGCAGAGAGUGACGUUUGCCAUUUCCCGAGAUGGUGUGCUCCCAUUUUCUAAGUUUUUCAGGAAACUAAACAGGAACAAAAUCCCGGCCAAUGCUGCAUACUUGGUCACCGGUUUGAGCAUUGCAAUAACUUGUGCUGUAAUUGGAAGCGCCGUCGCAUUCAGUGCUAUAACUGCUACUGCGACUAUUGCGACCAACGUCUCCUACCUCUUUCCAAUCGUGGCCCGAUACACAGUCGGGAAGAAAAACUUUCAGCCCGCCGAAUGGAAUCUUGGAAAAUUCAGCCCAGUCCUAGGACUGAUCGCUAGCCUCUAUAUUAUGUUCUUAUUCGCUGUGCUCGUCCUCCCACAGCUCUAUCCAGUUGAUGCUCAAACUUUGAAUUAUGCGCCGAUUUGUAUAGGUAUUGUCAGCAUUAUCUCUUUGGUAGGCUGGGUUCUACCUUUCGGUUUAGGUGGUCGUUAUUGGUUUCACGGACCUAAGAAAACGAUUGAGGAUCUGGACGCCGUCGGCAAAGAACCAUGAGUUCCUAGGUGGCUCAUGAGACUGAGGAUCAAGAGUGUUAGAGGAAGAAUUAUGGUUGAGUCCUUGUGUCAUUUGCCCAAGCGCAGAUUGUUGCCUAAGUAGCGCGCUCCAAUACAAAUGUGCUUUCAAUUU